AUGUCUUUCUCGCUUCUACGAACCACUCCCGCUCUCCGAGCUGCCCUCAGGGCCGGCGCCGCGAGGCCCGUCGCCGCUCUUUCCGGCACCAGCUUUGCCCGCGGACAGGCGACUCUUCCUGAUCUCCCAUACGACUACAAUGCUCUCGAGCCUUACAUUAGCGCCAAGAUCAUGGAGCUCCACCACUCCAAGCACCACCAGACCUACGUCAAUGGCUUCAACACUGCUCUCCAGGCCAUCGCCGAGGCCGAGUCCAAGGGCGACUUGACCAAGGCUGCGGCGCAAGCUCCCCUCAUCAACUUCCAUGGUGGCGGCCAUGUGAACCACUCCCUCUUCUGGGAGAACCUGGCUCCUAGCAGCCGUGACGGUGGUGGCGAGCCCUCUGGUGCUCUCAGGUCUGCCAUCGACGAGGACUUUGGCUCCUUCGACGCCCUCCGCAAGGAGAUCAACGCCGCCCUCACCGGCAUCCAGGGCAGCGGCUGGGCCUGGCUCGUCAAGGACAAGACCACCGGCACCCUCAGCGUUGUCACCCGCGCGAACCAGGACCCCGUCACCGGUAACCUUGCUCCUCUCUUGGGUAUCGACGCGUGGGAGCACGCCUACUACCUCCAGUACGAGAACCGCAAGGCCGAGUACUUUGAUGCCAUCUGGAACGUCCUUAACUGGAAGACUGUUGCCCAGAGGUUCGAGAAGUAA